CGCAGGUCUCCUCGUGAUGACAGCAAAUGACAGCACUGUUCGCUCCUGCAGAAGCCAGUGUGAGACGGCUAACCGCCAACACACAAUUACUUUGAUUCGAGAAAUCUUACGAUCGGCUGUGUUUAGAGAAAUAGUGAACAACCAGUGAACGCUAAUCACAUCCGGUAAUUUACCUCUCUGCUUGUGAAGAUGGUGAAGCCAGACAUCCACACUCUGGCCCACCACCUGAAGCAGGAGCGGCUGUACGUGGCAUCGGAGAAACAGCUGAUCCAGAGGCUCAACAGUGAUGUACUGAAGACAGCUGAGAGACUGUACCGGGCCGCAUGGAUUGCCAAACAGCAGAGGAUCAACCUUGAUCGUCUCAUUCUCACCAGUGCGGAGGCCUCGCCGGCUGAAUGCUGCCAACAUGCCAACAUGCUGGAAGACACACAGUUUGUUGAUGGCUACAAGACUCUGGGCUUCCAGGAGACAAUCUAUGGCGAGUUCAUGGCCAGGUUAAGGGAGAACCCGAGACUGGUGGCUUCCUGUCUGGUGGCAGGAGAGAAGCUGAGCCAUGAGCACACCCAGGGGGUCACCUAUACAGUCUUCACCUCACUUUAUGGUAACUGUAUCAUGCAGGAAGAUGAGAGCUACCUGCUACAGGUGUUGAGAUAUCUGGUUGAGUUUGAACUGAAAGAGAGUGACAACCCUCGCCGCCUUCUGCGACGGGGUACCUGUGCCUUCAGCAUCCUUUUCAAGCUCUUUUCCGAGGGCCUGUACUCAGCCAAGCUCUUCCUCACCGCCACCCUCCAUGAACCCAUUAUGCAGCUGCUGGUGGAAGAUGAAGACCACCUGGAGAUCGAUCCAGCCAAGGUGACAGAGCGCCUCACUCCGGCCCAGCAGGAACGCUUUGGAGAGAAGGGCUCUGAGGGCUACAAACAAAGGGUGCAGGCAGCUGUGGAGGACAAUGAAGCCAAGCUGGUAGCUCUGGUCAACAAGUUUAUUGGUUACCUAAAGCAGAACACCUACUGCUUUCCCCACAGCCUGCGCUGGAUUGUGUCGCAGAUGUACAAGACUCUGUCAUGUGUGGAGCGUCUCGAGGUGGGCGAGGUGCGCACCAUGUGUACAGACCUGCUGCUGACCUGCUUCAUCUGCCCAGCUAUAGUUAACCCAGAGCAGUAUGGCAUCAUCUCAGAUGCCCCCAUCAAUGAAGUGGCCCGCUUCAAUCUAAUGCAGGUGGGGCAGCUUUUGCAGCAGUUGGCCAUGACCGAUGACAAUGCGGACCCAAGACGUAAAAGCAGUUUGUCUAAAUUUGAUAAGAGUUGUGUAGCUGCCUUUCUGGAUGUGGUGAUUGGAGGAAGAGCAGUCGAGACCCCACCCAUGUCUUCAAUGAACCUUCUUGAAGGCCUCAGUAGGACUGCGGUCUAUAUUUCACAUAAUCAGCUGCUCGUGCUGGUGGACUUUGUGCGGAAUGUGAUGGCAGGGGACCACCUUCGGGAGGAGGAGCACAUGGCUCUGGAGAACCUGGUUGCCAACGUGCCCCAGUCUCGAACUGUGAAGAGCAACAGUCUGGAGCUCACUCCCUCCAACACCCCCCAGCUCUCCCCAGCUACCACUCCUGCCAACAAGAAGAACAGACUCCCCAUAGCAGCUGCCCGUAGCCGCAGCCGUACCAACAUAGCCCAGGAGGGGGAGGCAGAGGCCAGCUCCCAGGAGUCCCUACAGGAGCUGAUGCCAGAGGAGGUGCUGGUGAUUUCACUAGGAACUGGUCCUCAGUCUGUCCCUGGGAUGAUGUCAGAGAAUGAGGUUUUGAACCUGCAAAUGGCUGAUGGGACCCAGGGGGAUGGCCAUGCUGAUGAUACUAAGCAGCAUGGUAAACCAGACAAAACCCUUCGCUUCUCCCUCUGCAGUGACAACUUGGAGGGCAUCUCAGAGGGCCCGUCCAAUCGUUCUAACUCUGUGUCCUCUCUGGACCUGGAAGGAGAGUCUGUUUCUGAGCUGGGAGCCGGACCGUCGGGGAGCAACGGGGUGGAGGCACUACAGCUUUUGGAGCAUGAACAGGCUACAACUCAGGACAACCUGGAUGACAAACUGCGCAAGUUUGAGAUUAGAGACAUGAUGGGUCUGACAGAUGAUCGCGACAUCUCUGAGACGGUCAGCGAAACCUGGAGCACCGAUGUGCUCGGCAGUGACUUUGACCCCAACAUGGAUGAAGAUCGGCUGCAGGAAAUAGCAGGGGCAGCUGCGGAAAACAUGCUCGGCAGCCUGCUGUGUCUUCCUGGCUCGGGUUCAGUGCUGCUGGACCCCUACGGCUCCACCAUCUCGGAGACCACAAGCGAGGCUUGGAGCGUGGAAGUCCUUCCCAGUGACUCGGAAGCUCCGGACCUAAAACAGGAGGAGCGUCUGCAGGAGCUGGAGAGCUGCUCAGGUGUUGGCAGCACCUCCGAUGACACAGAGGUCAGAGAGGUUAGCUCGAGACCUAGCACACCAGGCCUCAGUGUUGUCUCAGGCAUCAGUGCAACCUCCGAAGACAUCCCCAACAAGAUCGAGGACCUGCGGUCAGAGUGCAGCUCAGACUUUGGAGGGAAGGACUCUGUGACCAGUCCAGAUGGGGAGGAGUCAGGCCACGGAGCAAACCAUCUGACAUCUCCUCCGUCACAGGCCGAUUCCUUACUGGCCAUGUUCGAUCCCCUCUCCUCUGGUGAAGGCUCCUCCACUGGAACAAUAGUGAGGCCCAAAGUGCACUACGCUAGGCCCCCUCACCCUCCCCCUGAUCCUCCCAUCCCUGAAGCCAGUGCCCUGGGGCAGGAGACGCGCCACUCUCACUUCAUGCCCCACUGCCUGGCCCAGGCUGAGCUGGAGCACACCAAGCAGCGCCACUCCUUCCCCGACAAGCUGGUUCGUAGCCGCAGCUCUGACAUUGUGUGCCCAGGGCGCCGGCCCACAAGUGACCCCGGCCUUAACCGGCGGGUAGCGGUUGAAGAGCGUGACCCUGCCGGGGCCUUCGCUUUAGGACCGUCCUCGUCCCCCAGCAAGGACUCUCUAAAAGGAGAGGCUGAGGACAGAAAAGACAGUGACGACGAGAAGUCUGAUCGCAACAGGCCGUGGUGGAAGAAGCGUUUUGUUUCAGCCAUUCCCAAAGUGCUGUAUUGGACGGCUGAGAGUGAUGUCCCAGCUCCGAUAGCUGCAUUUCGGAAAAGAGACAAGCAUGAGAAAGACGACGUUGCACCAGAGCGUGUCCCACAAGAUGACCCAUUGCCCAGACAGAGCUCUCAAGCUCAGGCAGCUGAAGACAUUCUGGACAAGUACAGGAACAUCAAGCGGACCAGCCCGAGUGAUGGAGCCACAGGUGGAGCUUCUUAUGAUGGUACAGGAGAUCUUUGUGUUGAGGACAGCGUGCAUGACUCUCCUAGAGAAGACCCUCUGCAGAACAUUUCCACUGAUGACCUCCCAGACUCAGCCAGCCAGACAGCACAGCAGCACGACUGCAAGUUCUCUUUCAGUGAUGCAAAGAAGAAGUUGAGGUUGGCAUUGUGUUCUGCAGACUCGGUGGCUCUGCCCAUCAUGGCUCUUGCAACCACACGAAACGGGCUGCCUGACCACAUGGACUCUGACGACAAUGAGAUCGUCUGCUUCCUGAAGAUCCAGCUAGCAGAGGCCAUCAACCUUCAGGAUAAGAACCAGAUGGCCCAAAUCCAGGAGACAACGCGCUGUGUCACCCGCUUCGACGCACGCACCUGCAGGAAGCUGCUGGCUGCCAUUGCGGAGGAUUACAGAAAGCGGGCCCCAUACAUAGCCUAUCUAACCAGGUGUCGUCAGGGCCUGCAGACCUCCCAGGCCCACCUGGAGAGGCUCCUGCAGAGGGUGCUGAGAGACAAGGAGGUGGCUAACCGCUACUUCACCACCGUGUGUGUCCGGCUCCUUCUUGAACACAUGGAGUCUAAGAUGCUUGACUUCAUAAAAGCGUUCCAGGGGUGCACAGCAUCAGAUGACAAGACGGCAGCAGUGGAGGAUUUUCUGCGUUACUUGUAUGGUGCCAUGGCCCGUGAUGCCAUUUGGCAGUACGCUAGCGAGGACCAGCUGCAGGAUGCCCAGAUGGCUAUUGAGCGCAGCGUUAUGAACCGCAUCUUCAAACUGGCCUUCUACCCCAACCUGGAUGGAGAUAGUCUCAGAGACCAGCUUUUGCAUGAACAUAUCCAGCGACUCAUAAAAGUUGUGACGGCCAAUCAUAAAGCUCUUCAAAUCCCAGAGGUAUAUCUGAAGGAGGCUCCCUGGCCCUCUGCACAGUCUGAGAUAAGGACCAUCAAUGCAUAUAAGACGCCACGAGACAAAGUCCAGUGUAUACUGCGCAUGUGUUCCACCAUCAUGAACCUCCUCAGUCUGGCCAAUGAGGACUCCGUCCCUGGAGCGGAUGACUUUGUCCCCGUACUUGUCUUUGUCCUCAUCAGGGCAAACCCGCCCUGCCUGCUGUCCACCGUUCAGUACAUCAAUAAUUUCUAUGCCAGCCGGCUGAGUGGGGAGGAGUGCUAUUGGUGGAUGCAGUUCACCGCGGCGGUGGAAUUCAUUAAGACCAUCGACGAUCGCAAGUGAAGCAGAACAGCCACCUGUAUGGGCAGACUGCGGGGGAAGGAGCCGGGAGACUUGGAGACUUCCCAACCAACUGCUCCCUCUGCACAGCUUAUAAAACCUGGCCCUCAGCCUGCUCUUUAUUUGUAUAGCUUGUACAUAGCCAGAGACGUUGAAAGAGUACAAAAUAUAUAUUACUGUAUGUAUGUAUGUGGACAAAUCCAGGUUUUAGCCGUGCUGAAAAAACGGCCUUAGGGAAAAAUUGGCAAGAUGUUAACUCUGAACCUGAUUUGGAUAUUUCCUUUUUGUCUCUUCAAUCAUCUUUCACGUUUGGGGUCUGUAUUAAUUUUAUAAAUAUACAAUUACCAUUAUGACAUUAAAUCAAUCUAAAAGAUAAUCCUAUAUAAGGGGACCAGACUUCCUUGAUGUGAUCACUGAUCUUUUUAUUCCCCACUGAGUGAGAGGGAAGGGCUUCCAAUUAAAUUACAAUAUAAUGUUCAUUAAAGGCAUUGUAACUCUGGGAUUUACAGUGUGCGGUAGUUACUGAUGGGAUUUAGAGACUCAUAAAAACUGAUAUUAAUUCACAAUAAUCAUACUACUCAUAAGGUAAGUGUAUCAAACAAGUAGGGCAGCUGUUUCAAUGAAUUGUUUACUUCAUCUUAUUCCUAGAAAAGUGUCAGCGACAAUUUUGACUAAGGGCCCACAUAUUUAUAUGAAAUAAAAUGUAUUUAUUUCCGUAAUUCUAUUUAAUGCCUUUGUUUAUCUAAUUAAAAAAAUGCAUAUCAUGCCCAUUCAAGAUGUCUGAGGCAAAUGGUGUAAUUAUAAUAAACUUUCUAGAAAAGCUUGAGUUAGGAAGGCACCUUAGCAAUGAGUAGGUGGGGAUUAUGAUACAGGGUCAACUCAUUCAGAUUAGUGGUGGCAUUUAUGGAAAUAUUGAAAUUGUGCCUUUUGAUGUGGGGCGCUCUUUACAGGUAGUUAUUUUUGACUCACUCACACACACACACUCACACUCUCACGCCAAUGGGCCAACCACGUCUCUGAGGAACCUUUGUCCAGCCCUCGCUGCAGGAACAUGGGCAUCUCCACAUCACUGAUUGUCAUGGCUUCGUCCCUUUAAUGAAUCUGAACAAAUGUCCCCUCUGGUAUUCUAGAUCCUACCUCAGAGUUGGAGCCAAUGAGCCUGACUGACUGUCCUGUAUUGGUUGUCAACAGAGUACUGGAUCAGUUUUGCACUGGUAAGAAAUAGUAAAACAGUUGGAUAUUGACCUGCUGGGAUGCUUGUUGUGGUUAGAUCACCCUUAAUCAACACAAGCCAUUGUUGGCGAACAAAUUAAUUUUGGUUUCUAAUAUUGUACCUGAGAUGCCACAUGUGACCCGGGCAGGCUAGUAAACUAUUGGAUAUUGGCUUUCUACCUCAUACGUUCAAGUAAGGGACUCGUGCUUAUGUGCACUUCUAUUUCUUUUCUUUUUUUCUCCCCAAUUUGGCGUGCUGUGAUAUCCCAGUGUCAUUGUAUAUUUCCAAGUGUAGUACAAGCAUGUCUUUAAUUAUCCAGAAAUGACUUAAAACUCCUCUUGAAAUCCUCUGCUUCAUUUUUGUGCACAGGCGUGCCACAUGUGUUGUAGUUUCCGGCGAUCCAUUACUUUUCACGUUAGUUGACCUGACAGCACAAUACACAGUAGGGUAGAAGAGCAAAUAAUCAACACCAUUCACUUGUUACUGAUUUCUUUCAGUUUAUGCUAAAAGUGGUUGUUGUAGUGCGUGAGCGUGGUUUUUAUCUAGUGAGUGUGUGUGAGAUGAUCGUCUGAUUGGUUGACCCUCUGCCUCCUCUUGCAUGAAGUCAUUGAAUGGUCUGUACAUUCUCAAUCAUGAUAAACAGUAGAAUAGAGUUAGCAUCUGCCACAAGCCAGUAAUUGAACCUGCAAGAGGAUGCAAAGCUUCUCUUUGUGUCCGAUACUUGCAUAUCAAAUCUCGAUUAAUUUUGCACAAAACAGAUGUUUGCCUGAAAAGAAAUUGACAGGGAGCAGUGUAUUUUUAAAUGUCAUUACUUCUGGCCUUUACAGUCAUUUAACCUAAAGAUAUUUGAUAAGAAUAAAGUUUGAGUAGCCGAGUUAAGCACCUGACUGUUAAUAUUUUAAGCUUCCACAUACAGUUUAUAGGCAACAUCACAAAUGCAUUUUAUAUAUCUGUCUACAGAAGCACAUACACCAGAUUUGUAUGUGCAGUAUGCUUCCUAGCAGCGUCUCUGUAAUCAAUUUGAUGAGAAAACCAUGCACUGGAAAAUCAAGUUGCAGGUUGCAUCUAUACUAAUUAGGUUUGUGUGAUGUCACUUUAAUUGGAAAUGCAUACUGCACAAAUCGGAUGAAAUUAUUUGGACCUGGCUAACGUUUCAGCCUUUCCUCAGAUAGCUGGUCGCAGCAGCUACAGAUUACCCUAGAAGCAAAACUGAUCAAAACACCAGAUUAUUUACACAAAUAGGCACAUGGCUGUGAUGGCAACUUCAUUUGAGCUCUGAUUGUAUGCAAACCACUGGGCCGCAGUGUCAAGUGUACGGACUAAAGACUUGGUCUGUUCUUCAAAGCGUUACUGCUCUGCUCCCUGUGCAAUUGAAUUGAAAAGCUGAGCAGAGAGAAAGAAACAUCUUGCAUCUAAUUUUACAUUUAAUUGUAAGCUUGCACAAUUACGACAUGCGGGGAAAGCGGGUUUUGUCUUUACUGUGAUUAAUGCAUUAUGUGAUUCUUUAAAAACAAUAAAAGAAGCAGAAGUUUUA